CCGCCGCUCGGCCAGAAUUCUAAGGCUUUCUGCAGAGAUUUGAAAAAUGGCAACAAAUGAAAGUAUCAGCAUCUUUAGUUCAGCAUCCUUGGCUGUGGAGUAUGUAGAUUCACUUUUACCUGAGAACCCUCUACAAGAACCAUUUAAAAAUGCUUGGAACUAUAUGUUGAAUAAUUAUACAAAGUUCCAGAUUGCAACAUGGGGAUCCUUGAUAGUUCACGAAGUUCUUUAUUUCUUAUUCUGUUUACCUGGAUUUUUGUUUCAAUUUAUACCUUUCAUGAAAAAGUACAAAAUUCAAAAGGAUAAACCAGAAACCUGGGAAAACCAAUGGAAAUGUUUUAAAGUACUUCUCUUUAAUCACUUUUGUAUCCAGCUUCCUUUGAUCUGUGGAACUUAUUAUUUUACAGAGUAUUUUAAUAUACCUUAUGAUUGGGAAAGAAUGCCAAGAUGGUAUAUGCUUUUGGCAAGAUGCUUUGGCUGUGCGGUGAUUGAGGACACCUGGCACUAUUUCCUGCAUAGGCUCUUGCAUCACAAAAGAAUAUAUAAAUAUAUUCGUAAAGUUCAUCAUGAGUUUCAGGCUCCAUUUGGAAUGGAAGCUGAAUAUGCACAUCCUUUGGAAACUCUGAUUCUUGGAACUGGAUUUUUCAUUGCAAUCAUGCUUUUAUGUGAUCAUGUCAUUCUCCUUUGGGCAUGAGUGACCAUUCGUUUGAUAGAAACUAUUGAUGUCCAUAGUGGCUAUGACAUUCCCCUGAACCCUUUAAAUCUGAUCCCUUUCUAUGCUGGUUCUCGGCCUCAUGAUUUCCACCACAUGAACUUCAUCGGAAACUAUGCUUCCACAUUUACAUGGUGGGAUAGAAUUUUCGGAACAGACUCUCAAUUUACUGCCUAUAAUGAAAAGAUGAAGAAGAUUGAGAAAAAGAUGCAAUAAAUAUCUCCUCUCCACCAUCCUGAAAGCACACACCUCCCUGAAUUGAAGCGAAUAGCUAACCUUGCUUCUGCGGAGCAGAAAUACACCUGUGUCUUGGCUGCUAAGUGAUACAAAGAACAUUAACAACCUUUAAUUAUCUUCCUAGCGGGAACUUUUUCUACUUUACAU